UUUGAGUUGUUUGGUUCUGUGGUUUGAUUGGUUUGUGGGAAGCUAUGAAUUGCUUUGGAUUUUUGUUAAUUAUUUAAAUAAAUAUCGUGUUCACUAAUACUACGUAACUAUUUUAUUGGAUAAAGGUUCAUCUUGAACUUGACAUCAAGAAACCAGCUUUAGGAUGUCCAAUGACAACGAGGCACCACUACCCGAAGGAUGGGAGAUGCGAACUAGUAGAUCGACUGGCAUGACGUAUUUUCUCAAUAUGUACACGAAAAAAUCGCAGUGGGAACGUCCGGAGGCACCUGCCGACCCUGGAGAGAUCCGAUGCAGCCACAUCCUCGUUAAACAUGCAGAGAGUCGUCGCCCAACCUCUUGGAGAGAAGAGAAUGUUACCAGGACUAAAGAAGAAGCUAUGGAUUUACUAAAAAGCUACCGCAAGCAAAUAGUUUCUACUGACGCAGCUUUCCCUGAUAUUGCUUUGAAGUAUUCUGAUUGCUCAUCAGCAAAACGAGGUGGUGAUCUUGGAAUGUUUGGACGAGGUCAAAUGCAGCAGGCAUUUGAAGAAGAGGCGUUCAAACUCAAAGUUGGUCAGCUGAGCAAGCCAAUCGAGACCAAUUCAGGGUUCCAUAUUAUAUUGAGAACAGUGUAGAUUUUUGUACCUUUAAGGCUAGCGCAACAUUGGGCCCACUAUAGCAUUGUAUUGCAAAUUUCAUCAUAUAGUAAUGCUUACCUAGACCCACCUGAAGUGUGCGUUAGUCCUUGUAAAAAAAUAUUCUAAAGAUUCUUGUAUGGUGCUGUGAUGAGCCCAAAGACAGUUAUGUCACCAAUAUUAUGCAUAGUUCCUAUAUUACGUUGAUUUGUAAAGAAAUAAAUUUGAAAGUCCUUGUAUGUGGGUGGGACUUCUGCUUUGUUUAUGGCGGGCAGGAUGGGGAACUGAGUUGGAACCCCAGCAACCAACUCGUAACUUUUAUAAGUUAUGCGGAUUUUAAGAAUCAAAUAUCACUUGCUGUAGCGGUUAAGGGAAACAUCACACGGAAACCUGCAUCAGUGUGGUGGACUGUGGCCUAACCCUUCUCAUUCUGCAAGACCUGUGUCCUGUAGUGGGUGGUGUGCAUACAGGGUAUGCACAGGGUAUGCAGAUGAUAUA